AUGCUCCGCGCCGCCGCCAUGAACAGCACCAAAAAACUUCACAUCGGUAUCGUGGGCGCUGGCUUCUCUGGUCUUCGCUGCGCAGACGUGCUUCUCUCUCACGGCCACCGCGUCACCAUCCUCGAAGCUCGUAACCGUGUAGGUGGUAGAGUGGGACAAAGCCAACACCUCGGACAUACGGUCGAUCUAGGACCGAAUUGGAUCCAUGGAACGGACGAUAAUCCCAUUUUCGAGAUCGCGAAGAAGAUGAGCACGGAAUUGCAUUAUUGGGAUGAGAGACAGAGGAUCUUGGAUACUAAUGGAAAACCUUUGAGUCAAGAUGAUGCAGAGGAAAUUGGCCGUAUACUUUGGGAAGACGGAUUGAUCUCCAAAGCUUUCAAGUAUAGCAGGGAAAACACAGCCACCAUCGACCCUCAAACAUCACUUAUGGAUUACUUUAAGCAAGAAGCAGAAACACUCUGGAGAGACUUGGAAACAGAAGAACAGCAACGAAAAAGACGGACCUUCUUGAAGGUAUGCGAGUUUUGGGGUAGUUAUGUGGGAAGUGCUACAACGAAACAGAGUUUGAAGUAUUUUUGGUUGGAGGAGUGUAUAGAGGGUGAGAAUCCGUUCGUUGCGGGAACGUACACUAAGAUUUUGGAACAUGUGGCUAGACCUGCGUUGGAGAAGGCAGAGGUCAAGUUGGAGACUAGAGUUACAGGUAUCAAGGAGAGAAAGAACGAGGAGGAUAAGGUGAAGGUGGAAGUGGAGGGAGGCGACAAGUAUGAGUUUGACGAGGUUGUCAUGACGGCGCCUUUGGGAUGGUUGAAGAGGAACAAGAACGUGUUUGUCGAUGGAUUGACUCCAGAACUGGAUAAAGCUAUUGAUGCUAUCGGGUAUGGUUCUUUGGAUAAGAUCUACAUCACCUUCCCAAGCGCCUUCUGGGAAGAAGCUCAAUCCACAAAAGGCGAACCCAACGGUACAGCACACCUCCCCACCACCACCACUUCCACUCCAAACACAACAGCAACAACAACACCCUUACACCAAAACUCCUCCUCAACACACACCUCAAACUAUCCAGGCUUUACCCAUUGGUUAGCACCCACCUACGCCUCAUCCACAAACCCACACAACUGGGACCAACAAGCCAUGAACCUCGCCGCAUUCCCUGGUAACCUCGCACAUCCAAGCCUGCUGUUCUAUAUCUAUGGUGAUUGCUCUGCACACAUAGCAUCCCUAGCCCAACUACCCCAACUCCAACGCGAUGAAGCUCUCCUCGCCUUCCUCCACCCUUACAUCUCCCUCCUCCCAAACUAUUCUUCCUCCUCCCCUGCUUGCGUCCCAAAGGCUGUGUUCGCAACCGCAUGGGCAGGAGACGAACUAGCCGGCUAUGGAAGUUAUGCAAACUUCCAAGUUGGAUUGGAGGAUGGAGAUAAACAUAUUGAAACUAUGAGGAAGGGGAUGCCAAACAAGAGUAUUUGGAUUGCGGGAGAACAUACGAGUCCGUUUGUUGCGCUUGGUACAGCGACAGGGGCGUAUUGGAGUGGUGAGAAGGUUGCUUUGAGGAUUUUAGAGAAGGCGGUGGAGAAAGAGGAGCAAAAGGAGAAGUAG